AUCUCCAGCAAUCGUUCGUCAGCACUCGGCAGGAAAAUUUCAUGGAACUCGUUAACCCCUUCAUAUGAUCUGAGAGAUACGUCGACGAUACACACAUAAACGCGUAGAAUCGGCCGGGCGUGAUGUACCAGUGGAGGAAAUUCGAGUUCUUCGAGGAGAAAUUCGCCGGGAAGUGCUCGAUCCCCGAGGACGUCACCGGCGACGUCACCUGCUGCUCGAGCGGCAGGGGGAAGAUCAUCGUCGGCUGCGACAACGGCGCCGUUAGCUUGCUCGAUCGGGGGUUGAAGUUCAACUACGGCUUCCAAGCGCACUCUGCCUCCGUCCUCUUCCUCCAGCAGCUCAAGCAACGUAAUUACCUAGUAACUGUGGGGGAAGAUGAACAAAUAUCGCCGCAGCUAUCAUCUAUGUGCCUGAAGGUUUUUGAUCUCGACAAGAUGCAACCGGAGGGAUCAAGCACAUCAAGCCCUGAAUGUGUUCAGAUCUUACGGAUAUUCACAUAUCAAUAUCCAGAAGCGAAGAUUACUUCAUUUUUGGUUCUGGAGGAAGCACCGCCAAUCUUACUUAUAGCAAUUGGAUUAGACAAUGGUUACAUUUACGGUAUUAAAGGGGACAUUGCACGUGAGCGUAUCAAGCGCUUCAAACUGGAGGUGUAUAGUCAUACAGACAAAAGCCAGUCUUCCAUAAUGGGAAUGGGAUUUCGUGUGGAUGGUCAAGCAACUCAAUUAUUUGCAGUUACUCCAACUUCAGUGAGCUUAUUUAGCUUGCAGACUGAACCAUAUAGUCAGAAUACCCUUGAUCAGAUUGGAUGCAACUCUAACGCUGUUGCAAUGACUGAUCGUUCGCAGGAGCUAAUGAUUGGUCGAGAUGAGGCUGUGUAUUUCUACGAAGUUGAUGGUCGUGGACCUUGUUGGGCCUUUGAAGGAGAGAAGAAAUUCCUUGGCUGGUUUCGUGGUUAUCUUUUAUGUGUCAUUGCAGACCACAGAAGUAACAAGAAUACAUUCAACAUCUAUGACCUGAAGAACCGUUUAAUUGCCCACAGUUUUGUUACCAAGGAAGUUUCUCAGAUGCUUUGCGAAUGGGGUAACAUAAUACUUAUAAUGGCGGACAAAUCAGCUCUGUGUAUUGGGGAAAAGGACAUGGAAAGCAAGUUGGAUAUGCUUUUUAAGAAGAAUCUUUACACGGUUGCCAUAAAUCUUGUUCAAAGUCAACAAGCUGAUGCUGCCGCAACAGCUGAAGUGUUGAGGAAGUACGGGGAUCAUUUAUACAGCAAACAAGAGUAUGAUGAGGCCAUGGCUCAGUAUAUAAACACCAUAGGUCAUCUUGAGCCUUCAUAUGUGAUACAGAAGUUUUUAGAUGCUCAAAGAAUCUACAACCUUACAAACUACUUGGAGAAACUACACGAGAAGGGGCUUGCUUCAAAAGACCAUACAACUCUUCUGCUAAAUUGUUACACGAAGUUGAAAGAUGUUGAAAAACUUAAUGUAUUCAUCAAACGUGAGGACGGUGUUGGGGAGCAUAAAUUUGAUGUUGAAACUGCAAUAAGGGUCUGCCGUGCUGCCAAUUAUCAUGAGCAUGCAAUGUAUGUAGCAAAGAAGGCAGGAAGACAUGAAUGGUACUUAAAGAUCUUACUUGAAGAUCUGGGUAGUUAUGAAGAAGCAUUGCAGUAUAUUUCUAGUCUUGAACCUAGUCAAGCUGGGGUGACAGUAAAAGAGUAUGGAAAAAUUCUCAUAGAACACAAACCAGAUGAUGCUAUUGAAAUACUCAUGCGACUUUGCACAGAGGAUGCUGAACUAGCCAGGAGAGGUUCUUCUAGUGGUUUAUACACAUCCAUGUUACCAUCCCCUGUUGAUUUUCUCAACAUAUUUAUCCAUCAUCCGGAAGCACUUAUGAACUUUCUGGAGCAAUACACAAACAAAGUGAAGGACUCACCUGCUCAAGUAGAGAUUCACAACACUCUCUUGGAGUUAUACUUGUCGAAUGACUUGGAUUUCCCAUUAAUAUCACAAGCUAACAUUGAUGAACCUCCUACUAAUUCCAGAGGGGGAAGGCCAUCAGCACCAGCGGUAAUGUCAAGACCGAAGACCAAUGGUAAAUUAAGUGUGUAUCAGAAAGAUUUGAAUAAGGAAAAGUAUCAUCAGGAGAGACUUCAGAAGGGGCUACGCUUGCUUAAGACUGCAUGGCCAUCAGACCUGGAGCAUCCACUCUAUGAUGUUGACCUUGCUAUAAUUCUGUGUGAAAUGAACGAAUUUAAAGAAGGUCUGUUAUAUCUCUACGAGAAGAUGAAACUCUUCAAAGAGGUGACAGCUUGCUACAUGCAGUCCCAUGAUCAUGAGGGUUUGAUAGCAUGUUGCAAGAGGCUGGGGGAUUCAGGUAAGGGAGGUGACCCAUCCCUAUGGGCUGAUGUGUUGAAGUACUUUGGCGAACUUGGAGAAGAUUGCUCGAAAGAAGUCAAGGAAGUUUUGACUUAUAUUGAGAGAGAUGACAUCUUGCCUCCUAUCAUUGUUCUCCAGACCCUGUCUAACAAUCCAUGUCUCACUCUCUCUGUCAUCAAAGAUUAUAUAGCUAGGAAACUUGAACAGGAAUCAAAGCUAAUUGAAGAUGACAGGAAAGCUAUUGACAAGUAUCAGGAAGAAACUCUGGCAAUGCGGAAGGAAAUCCAGGAUCUUAGGUCAAAUGCCAGAAUCUUCCAGCUUAGUAAGUGCACUGCUUGCACUUUUACCCUUGACCUCCCUGCUGUCCACUUUAUGUGCAUGCACUCAUUCCAUCUGCGUUGCCUGGGUGACAAUGAGAAAGAAUGUCCAGAGUGUGCUCCUGAGUACAGAUCCGUCCUGGAAAUGAAGAGAAGCUUGGAGCAAAAUUCCAAAGACCAGGAUCAAUUCUUCAAUAAAGUGAAGAAUUCAAAGGAUGGGUUUUCUGUGAUUGCGGAAUAUUUUGGGAAGGGAAUCAUUAGCAAAACUCGCAUUCGAGGAAAUGGCACUCUUGGAGCAGGCAACUCGUCUUCCAGCAGCGGCUUCUGAGAUUCAUUAUACGCGCGUGCUUUUACCUUGAAUUCUCACUCUUACUCAUUGGUUUGCUAACAAACCUUGUGAAGGAAUUUUUGAAUGUGGGUCAGAACUGAGUGAAGUCGUGGCUUCUCUGCAACUAAUGGUUAUUGGCAAAUAUAAAUGGCCGCUAACACCUUGUUUGACCCAGUUGGUCAAGUCAAUGGGAAGUGAGAAAUUCUGUGGCUUCUCACAGAAGUGCAUGCAAGGGUUGGUUAUGAAAUGUUUACCACGGAGGUAUGUUAGCCUAAAAUCCCACUCGGCAAGUUCUCAAUGAAUAGACUGGUCUGUAUCUUCCAUUUUCUGGCAAAUCAAUUAAUUAUAUUGUAGAUUUUUGUUCACAUGAUUUUUGUUUUGUUUGUGCUGUGUCUGUAAGUGUACUAUGCGAGGGCUGGGAUUUGACUUUGUGCGUGUCAGCCAAUUAUCAUUUUUUUCGUUAAUAGUGCUAGUUAUUCGGUUUCAACAUGUAUAGGAACAUGUUUAUGUUAUUUUUUCGUUAGUAUAGAGUUUUCUCCGUACAGGUUUAAUUUAGGUUGUGAUCUCUGUCGAAUUGUUAAUUCAUUCUGACGAAUACUAUCAAGAUUGAUGCUUUUGAUGUA